AUGGAGCAUAGGUGGAGCAAAGGAGGUGGAGAAGCAGAGGAGUUGGCUCAGCUGAGGAGCAGCAGAGGAGAGGAAGGAGAGGCACGGAGGAGAGAAGUCAGCAGCCGACGAGUCGGAGCAGCAGAGGAGAUGGAGCAGCAGAGGAGAGGAAGGAGAGGCACGGAGGAGAGAAGGAACGGAGGGAAGAAGGCCAAAGGAGCAGAGGAGCAGAGAACGGUGCAGCUGCGAUUCCCCCCAACGCUGCUGGCUGCACGGAGGAGAGAAGGCACGGAGGGUAGAAGGCAUGGAGGGGAUAAGGGGAUUGGUGCUGCUGCUGCGUUGGGAGGUGGAGGUGGUGCUGCUGCUGCUGCAUUGGAGGUGGCACCCACAGUGACACCAGCGGUGGGAGUAGGGGAGAGGCGUGCGGUGACACCAGCAGUGGCAGCAGCAGUGGAGGGGGAGUGGUGCUGCACUGGAGGGGGAGUGGUGCCGACGGGCACCGUCGCGGGCGCCAGGGGCGGGUCCGCGGCGGCUCAGGGCACCGCCGCGGGCGCCAGGGGCGUGUCUGCGGCGGCUCAGGGCACCGUCGCGGGCGCCAGGGGCGGGUCCGCGGCGGCUCAGGGCACCGUCGCGGGCGCCAGAGGCGGAGGAGACGACUGGCAACUGCUGGGAGCAGAAGAGAAGGCCAGCUGCUAUCUCCCUCGCUCCUACCCCCCGCCCAUGAGCUGCAUCCGAGGAGGAGGAGCAGACGAGAUGCAUCAGACGAGGAGGAGGAGAUGCAUCAGAGGAGGAGGAGCAGAGGAGAUGCAUCAGAGGAGGAGGAGCAGAGGAGAUGCAUCAGAGGAGGAGGAGCAGGGGAGAUGCAUCAGAGGAGGAGGAGCAGAGGACAUGCAUCAGAGGAGGAGGAGCGAAGAAUAUGCAUCAGAGGAGGAGGAGCAGAGGAGAUGCAUCAGAGAAGGAGGUGCAUCAGAGAAGGAGGUGCAUCAGAGAAGGAGGUGCAUCAGAGAAGGAGAUGCAUCAGAGAAGGAGAUGCAUCAGAGAAGGAGGUGCAUCAGAGAAGGAGAUGCAUCAGAGAAGGAGGUGCAUCAGAGAAGGAGAUGCAUCAGAGAAGGAGGUGCAUCAGAGAAGGAGGUGCAUCAGAGAAGGAGGAGCAGAGGAGAUGAGGAGAUGGAGCAUCAGAGAAGGAGGUGUAUCAGAGGAGGAGGAGCAGAGCAGAGGAGAGAAGGAGAUGCAUCAGAGGAGAAGGAGAUGAAGUAUUGGUGGAGCAGAGGAGAGGAGGAGAUGGAGCAUAGGUGGAGCAGAGGAGGUGGAGAAGCAGAGGAGUUGAGGAGCAGCUGA